AGUUUCAAUUGGUUUUAUACUACCUUCUAUUAGGUACUGUGAAGAAUAAGUACUAGCUUGUGAGUUUUCGAUCCACACAUUUCACUACUAUACUCACCUAUUGUUGUCUAGUAUUGUUGUCCAUUCGCUUUUUGAGUUCAUUUAUCCAUCCCUUAUCUUUCCUCCAUAUUUAAUCUUUGAUUGGGCGCUUACCACUAGUACUCCUUUUCAAUCGUACAACAUGGCAAAUUCUAAUAGUCUCGCUGUUGGGUUGGCCGUGGGAAUCCCGUCGUUUUUGAUCUUGCUGUUGGUUCUACUUCUAUGGAUCAGAAAUCGGAGAAGACAAAAGGUCGAAGAUUUGAAUGAGCAAUCGAUAGAUUUAGAGCUUCAAGACAAUCAGAGUUUUAAUGAAUUCCACGAAGAGUUGCACAAACCUAGUCAAUACCCUUCCGUUGCAAAUGGUAAUCAGAAAACGGGCGAAGAAGUCAAAGUGAGCGACACCUCGUUGAAUAACUUUACAAACUCCGGACCUCCUUCCGAUGAUAUGUCGGGAAGUUCAAACGGCCAAAAAACAGGGACUACCCCAACAUUUUCGGGUAGUGAUCAUUUGGAUGCAGUUGAGGAAAAGUUCCUUGACUUGGGAAGUGGCUUCCCUGGGCACAGCAAAUCCAACUCGGCGUAUGAUUUUUACGAAUCUUUUAUUCCUAUACUUCCAGAAGAUAACGUUGGAUCUGCCCCUCAACAUACCAAUAUCUCUCCACCAACACCCAAGUUCAAGAAUGUAUUACACAGGUCCAACGACUCAAUGGAUAAAAUCAUACCAAAUACCAAUUCGAGCACUUCGAGUAUUGAUAGAGCUUCGUACAACUUGGCCAAGCAGUUAAAUAACCAAAACUUCUUUGAGAAGUUGCCAUCUAGAGCUGGUACCAUUAGACCCCCUACUUACCCAUCCAACUUGAAUUCAAAUUCCCAUUCUAACUCUAGUCUGGAUUUGGUCAAUAAGCUCAUUAUUCAUGAUGGCAUAAAUGACAGCUACGUUUACAAUGGUCACAAGCAUGUUGCUGGCAACAAUGGUGAGAAUAGUGCUGACCAGUCUGAUGGCAAGCCUAAGAAGAACGGAUUAUCUACGAUUCUAGGCGACAACUUUGACAACAGCUUCAAUAAUGAUAACGAAAAUGAGUUGACUGGUGAUGUGGUGUUCAAGUAGUUGGUCCCAGCUUAUUUACAAAUUCUACUCAACAUAUCUAUCUGUAUGUAUACUUAACCACUUCCAAUGCACAAAUCUUGUAGG